GAACCACUCCACCACUCCACCAGACCACCGCUAUCACCGCGGCCGGCGCCACUAAUCUAUCGCCUGGCCUGCAAAAAGAAAGCGCUCGUUUCAGCGCUCCACUCAACGCUUGCAACUGCACCUCAGCAGCCUGCGGCAGCACCGUCGACGCAGCCAAUCACCGCGCCACUGAUCUGCGUGGCGCGUCGGACAAGGCGCGUCUCCUGCAUCAACACCAAGCCCAGCUAUCUCCACAAUUACCUCACCUGGUGCCUCAGCGACACUUAUCAUGUCUGGAGCUGCCACACCCCACGCCCCAGCGUCUGCACGCGCCUCGCUCCCACCGACGGGCACAGCAACGCCGGCACUGCAACCUCCAGCUCCGGCCUCCCCCGGCCUCCCACCGCCAACCACCUUCGACAUCCUGCCCGACCUCCAUAAGCUGCUCAAGCGCCUUCUCGACACCGCUCCCACGUCUGCACCCUCUCAGUCAGCUGCAGACAGCCCUCUCGAGAUCCAGCAUGUAGCCACCGCGGCCACCGACAUCAGGCUGAAGCUCCAAAGAGCACAGCGCGCUGUCAUGGCUCUACCAGAGAUCGACAGGACAUGUGAGGACCAAGAAGAGGAGAUCGAGGACUUGGAGGCACGCAUUGCGCGUCUGAGGGCCUCCUUGCGGGAGCUCGGCCGGUCCACGGAAACGGCAGAGGAUCGAGACCAACGACAAACCUCCAUCGACUGCAUGGACGCCCUCGACAUGGCUCUGGCUCAAGGAGCAUAAUACUACGUGCAUCGCUACCCCGGCCAAACAUACCCGAAAAAUGGAACAGCCACAGGAACACCUUGGUAUUUCAGAAGUUGCGAGAACAUGUCUCGUAGCAGACCAUAACGUUAUUUGCUCCAUGACCUGCUGAAGCGUUCUCUAUAUUUGCCAACAUGUCGAACAAAGUAAAUACCCCUGUCGAGCAAAGCACCGCUCAAGCUGGGGAGGAACAGACAUGGCACCCUGAGGAUCGCUCGUCACGACUGCGAAAUGUAGUUGCGGCGAAGCAGUACAUGCGUCUUACAUAUUUGCCGAAACAGAACCAAGGUCGCUACACGG